AUGUUUCAGCCAUUUGAAGAUAUGGUGAAGAACCUUAAAGUUGAUCCUCUUGCUAAGGUCACUGCCUCCACCACUUCCAUGAAGAAUAAGUCAGAGCCAUAUUAUGAAACUCUUGAGACAUAUCAAGGCCUGCCUUGUCCUUAUGGUGGUUACUAUGGAUUCUACUAUCCAGGUCUUGAUGGUUCAGUUGGAGAAGCAAAGGAUACUAAUGGAUACUAUGGUUAUGGAACAGAGGUUCAGUACCCGGUAAUGCAAGGGGAAAAUGGAUCUUUGAUCUACUUGAUGCCAGGGUUUCAUCAAUCUUAUGAUGCUAGUCCCACUUACAUGCCUAUAAGCCCGGUUGGUGUAUCGAGUCACGCGCUUCAUUCACCUAUGUACGCAGCUCAAGGAUAUUAUCAGAACCAAUAUGGUUAUGGAGAUGUUUCGUCGCCCACCUAUUUAUGGGACCCUACUGGAGACAAGUAUGCGUAUGGUGUUGCUUCAAAUAGCCAGCCUUUGAAACAGAACAUAUCUUCUUCAAGUCAUAACCAUAGCAAUUAUUACUCAAAGAGCAAGACUUCUUUCACGGGUCAUGGCAUGGGAGAACGGCCUAGAACACCGCGAAAAAACAACUAUGCUCCCCUCGCACUGAACAACAAUCAAGAAAGAGGUGGAAUCGCGUACCAUAUGGACCCGUUAAGGAAAAAGUCUGGAGCUUUAAACCGAGAUGAAACAGAGAAGUCGAAAGCGAGAAACAAAGAAAAUGGUAAUAGCAUGACUGCAAAUGUUCAAGAUCAUGUUACCGAUGGGGAAUGUGAGUCCUGUUCGUUGGAUGUUGAAGAGAAUGGAAGAAGCAACGGUGUAGGUUCGGUGAUCAGAAGGGAUCAAUAUAACCUCUCUAGCUUUCAGACCAAAUACGAGGAAGCAGUCUUCUUCGUGAUCAAAUCUUAUAGCGAAGACGACAUCCACAAGAGCAUCAAGUACAAUGUCUGGUCAAGUACUCUCAAUGGGAACAAGAAGUUAGACAGUGCAUAUCAAGAAUCUCAAAAGAAGAUGGCAGAGAACGGUGGAAACUGCCCGGUUUUCCUUUUCUUCUCGGUUAAUGCAAGUGGCCAAUUCUGCGGUGUAGCUGAGAUGACUGGGAGAGUGGAUUAUGAGAAAAGCAUGGAGUUUUGGCAGCAAGAUAAGUGGACCGGCUAUUUUCCGGUCAAGUGGCACAUCAUCAAAGAUGUUCCAAAUCCGCAGUUACGACAUAUAAUACUAGAGAACAAUGAGAACAAGCCUGUAACCAAUAGCAGAGACACACAAGAGGUGAGGUUGCCACAAGGGAAUGAAGUGUUGAACAUCUUCAAGAACUAUGCAGCAAAGACAUCUAUAUUGGAUGAUUUCGAUUUUUAUGAAAACAGAGAGAAGGUUAUGGUACAGAAGAAGCUAAGGUUCUCUCAUGUAUUAAAGAAGAAAGAGGAAGACUUGGUUGCUGAUUUUCAAACAAUGGAGAUCUCAAAUACAGUCAAAGAGGAAAAGCCAGACUUAACUGGAACUCUGGACUAA